AUGAGUAAAUCUACGUUAGAGCAACCUGAGUACGUGAAGGAGCGGUUGGAGAGUUUGGCGGAGGUUGACAGGCAGUUGUGUUCGAUGCUGCAGGAGGCAUCUCAGGUGGCGUUCACCUAUGGAGAAGUGCUACGUGGUAAUGCCAUGAUGAAACCGCAGUUCCAAGAGCACGUAUCGGCGUUCUACUCUACCCUGGACAAUGCUUCCGGGAAGUUAAAGAAAGAGAUUGAACUAUUGGAUGAAAACGUAGGCAACAGGUUGCUACCUAUCAAUGUGAACAAAAAAGCUUUAGGUCAAGAUGAUGACAAGCUUAAGGAACAGAUGGAAACACUGAAAGAGUUUUUAAAGACAGAUAAUGAAGAGACAUCUACUUCUUAA